CUGGAACCGACCGGAACUCUGAGACCGGAGACCGCGCUGCCGCGCCAUGGAGCUUCUGGUGGCGAUGGGCUUUCCCGCUCGCCUGGCCCAGCAGGCGCUGAAGUUGUGCGACCACGACCCACAGCGGGCGACCGACAUGCUCCUGAACAACCCACCCCCUCUGCCGGACGAGACGGAGCCGACGAGUGGAGCGGCUCCGUUCUCGUCUCCCGUCGAAGUGGAUGAAGACCCACUGAAGGAAUUGCGGCUGAUGGGCUUUGAGGAGUCCAGCGCACGAGGAGCGCUCGUGGCGGCUAGCGGUUCGCUGGAUUUGGCCAUCAAUUUGCUCAUUGAUGAGGCUGGUGCCUCCACCGCUUCUAUGUCCGGAGGUGUUGUUGAGGUGAGAUGGGAUGACCUGAGGAACCACAAGGGAACAGUUGCCGCUGCCUCCAGCCAUGUGGAAGAGGAGGAACUGGAGCCGCCUGAACCACCGAAGAAGCGCGCCAAGCAGUCGAACCGUGUGCGGCCGUCUUCGGCGGAGUGUGCGACUGCAUCUCAUGGGCGGCAGGACCCCCCCGACGCGCCCUCAGAUGCACCGUGCGACAGCGCGGCGUCGACGCUGCCGUCCCUGGCACAGGGGCUGUGUUUUGGGCCGAGCGCCUUUGGGCGGAUCGAGCGUGCGCGGCCCAGCGGCGGAUGGCUUGAGCUGGAACAGAAGGAAGUGGCCAGGAUGGUCGUGGCCUCGGUGCCCUCGGCGCGGCACCUGCGCGGGCAACGGGGCGAGCUGAAAGUCACGCAAAUGUUGGCGGGGAUUCACAAGCAAGGCCUGUGGACCUUUGGCAAUGCGAGCUCGCCUGUGAAUCGCGAGGUGUGGCCGGCUUUUCGCUUCAUCGUCUCAGAGAUGAGCAAGUUGGAACCCUUGCAUCCCAAGCGGGUGAACAUCUUCACUGCACUUGUGAAGGCAUGUGAAGAUUGCCAGCAAGUCCAAGCGCGGGAGAUCUUGCGGAUCUAUGGCGAUCUCACCUCACAGACUGAGACCUUCGAGCAGCAGUUGAAGUAUUCCCUGAUACGACAGAAGGAGGUGGCCUUGAAUCACUUCAUCACCCAGCAGCAUACAGGCUGCGACUUGGAUCACACGCAAGUCCAGCCUCAUCAGCAGCGUGUGCACCUCUUCAGUGGAUACGUGUCUCAAAUCGGCGACAGCUUCGGCCUCGAUGGACUGGAUGCAGCGAAGAGCGACAAGUUCUUACCGAGAGUCUUGGAAGAGCUGGAGAGGAAGAAGACCCUGAAAAGCAAAAGGAGGUUUUUGCAGGCGUUGGUUCGAGAGAUGUCUGUCACCGAAUGGCUACAAACCUUACUUGCAGACAUCAACAACCAAUCGGUCGAUGCAGACCGACUCAUCAACCGCUCCGGCAUUUUCCAGUGGGUUCAGGCGAACCUCAGCGUGGAAGCCGCCCAUCGGAUUUUCUACGAUGAGGACCGUGCAGAGGAGUUCAAGGGACAAGAUCCGGAGAAGCCCGAGCCGGCGAACCAGUAUCAGCCCUUCCUCAGUGGCCGGAUGCUGGUGGAGAUGCUAAUGCACGCCAGGUUCCUGGUGUCCGAGAAUGACCCAGGCUGGAAUGGCCCCCGGUGACGUGAUGCACGUCUCACCUGCGGGUGCGAA